GGGUUGCUAUCGUAAAGGCAUUUAGUUUCGAAGGCAUUUGAAGGACUGUCAAAGGCUAACGACCCGAAAAUCAAAACGCAGCUGUGGGUCUUUCCGUUUUAUCCCAAAAAAAGGGAAAAAAGACAACUGUAGGAUGGCUCUGCAAUCCUGGCAGUUGCCAUUAGCUUCCUCGUUAUCUUCUUCUUCUUCUCCUUCUUCUUCUUUACCAUCCCUAUCUUCUGUAGAUACCCAUUCUUUCCUUUUGUACCACCACCAAUGUUCACCUUCUUCAAGAACAAAAUUAGGUGGUCUUUUCCCGAACCGCAGUACAAGCUACAGUAGCUGGAGAAGAAGGAAGACUACUGGCUUCUUGGUUGGCAGAGAGAACUUUGAGCUGCGUGUCCAAGAUGAAGAACUAGAGGAAGAGGAAGAGGAAGAGGAAGAGGGGCCACCCCCCAGUCCUCAAGACCUCCAAUACAUUCAAGAAGUCAAAAGGGUCGUGGACCUUCUGAAGAAAAAUAGAGAUAUGCUUUUUAAUGAGGUGAAGUUGACAAUAAUGAUUGAGGACCCAAGAGAAGUUGAAAGAAGGAGGCUACUUGGCAUUGAAGAUCUUGAUUCCCCAACCAGGGAUGACUUGGCUGAAGCUUUAGAACAAGUAAAUGAAGGUAAAGUCCCAAAAAAUCGUCUUGCACUCAAAAUGCUAGCAGAGGAAAUGAUGAAUUGGCCUAAUUUAGAGGUUGAAGCACCAAAAGAAAGGCCGAAGAAAUCCCUAUAUGCAAAAGCCACUGACACUGGUAUAGAUCCUAAAGAGGCUGCUAAGAGACUUAAAAUUGAUUGGGAUUCAGCCGCUGAUAUUGAAGAUGUUGAAAACAGUGAUGAUGCAGACGUUCCUCCAGCUGUGGGUUAUGGAGCAUUAUACUUGGUCACAGCUUUCCCAGUUAUUAUUGGUAUUUCAGUAGUAUUAAUAUUAUUCUACAAUUCCCUUCGGUAGAAAAUUCUCAUGUGCCAUUUUAAUUACAUUGCUAUUCACAUCCAAACAAAGUAAAUGCCAUGUUGAUAAAGCAAAGUGAUUAAACACAGGCCAAUUUGGACAAUUUAAUAUGCUCAUGAAUGUCACUUUUUAUUGGCCCAAAAAUUCUUUCACAAAAUAAUCCAUCUUUUUCAGGUUUA